AUGACUGAAGAGUUCUCAAAAUUGGAUGAAGAAACGCUUGAGAAAGUUAUGCAUUUUCUGUUUUCGGAAGAUGUUGAUUCGCAAAUUGAUGAAAAUAUAGUGGAUAAAGUUGAAAACAUACAACUUCAUGGAAGGAAGUUAAGCUCAAUUCCAUCAAAACUCUACCGUUUUAGAAAUCUAAAAGCAUUAGAUAUUAGUUACAAUAACAUCACAUUCAUUCCAGAGGAAAUUGCUGUACUUAACGAAAUGAUUGACCUUAAUAUUAAUGAAAAUAAUAUUUCAAAGUUACCCAUUGAAAUUGGACAUCUGAGUAAAUUGGAAAUGUUAAGUUUGAAGGGAAAUCAAUUAACCUAUCUACCAGAAACUGUGGCCAGGCUGAAGCGUUUGCAAGUUCUUAGACUGAACAAGAAUAGGAUAUUUGUCUUCCCAAGAAUCAUAUGCUUGCUUCCCGAGUUAAGGAAACUUUAUCUUUCAAAAAACUCACUUCAAAGUUUACCCAAGGAGAUCUCUGAGUUGAAAAAUUUAAGAAUUCUGUCCUUGAAUAAUAACAAGUUAACAUUUUUGCCAUUGCAGUGUUUUGAGUUGUACUACCUCGAGGAACUAAUGUUGAAUGGAAAUCAGUUGACUGUUCUUUCCGAGAAAAUAGAGAAACUGCAGGACCUACAGGUUCUGCAAAUGAAGCAUAAUCAAUUAGAAGAACUCCCAAAUGAAAUUUCCAGUUGUAUAAACAUUAAACAACUUUUACUUGAUGGAAACAGGAUCACUCACUUGCCUCCAAAGAUUGGAAAUUUGUAUCAUCUGACUGAUUUCUCUGUUAGUAAUAACAAACUAAAACAUCUGCCAAUUGGCUUGUCACAUAUCAUUAACCUGACAAGUUUGGACAUUUCUCAUAAUGUCAUGAAGGAAGUUCCUAUUGAAUUCAAAAACUGUUUUAAGGUCACGACCAUCAACUGUAGCCACAACUAUUUUACCCAAUUUCCCGGUGCAUUAUGCUUGAUUGCUGGAUUGCGGUAUUUAAAUCUUAGUUGCAAUCAUAUCACUGAAGUACUUGCAGAUGUGUGCUGCAUUACGAACCUGGAAACCCUUGAUCUAAGUGCAAAUAAUUUCACCAUGUUUCCCAUUCAUAUAUGCCAUCUAACAAACAUGCAAUAUUUGGAUUUGAGUAAAAAUCGUAUUGGGAAUGUUCCACCACAAAUUUAUGGUUUAUUCCAACUUAAGUUCCUUUAUCUUCAAAAGAACAAUUUUACUGACUUUUCCAGUAAUUUAUGCCGACUAGCCAGUCUGAAGACACUUGACAUUUCUGACAACAAAAUAGAACAUCUUCCAAACGAUAUUGUAAACCUUAAACAGAUUACAGAGGUUAAUCUUUCGAAUAAUCAUUUUGACUUUUUUCCAAUUGAAAUAAGUAACCUGACAACACUGGAGAAACUGAUAAUCAGUCAGUCAGAUGGGAUUAAGAUAAAAGUGUUACCCAAUGAAUUAUGUAAUUUGACAAAUAUAAAAGAACUGGACAUAUCAAACAAUGCGCUGAAAAUCCUUCCAACCAAGAUUGGAGAAAUGAAGAAUAUGGAAAAGCUUAUAGCAGCAUAUAAUAAGAUAAAUCAUCUCCCCAAAUCCCUGACAGAACUUAGCAAACUCAAAUACAUUAACAUGAGAGGAAAUAAAUUAACCUCACUACCAACUGAUUUUGGACAGCUGCAUGCUCUGGAAGAGAUAGAUCUGAAGGAAAACCCACUAGUAAGACCUCCAAUGCUGGUUUGUGAUGGGGGAAAAUACAUUGAAAUAGAGCAGUAUUUGAAAUAUGCAUAUGCCAGAGACAAAAAGUUUAUGGAGAAUGUGUUACUAUUAGUACCCAAAAGCAUCCCUGCUGGUGACUUUGACCAUUUCUGUAAAAAGCUUCACCUACCUACUGCUGAAAUUAAUUCACUUGGAAAAUUAAGGGUACCACUCGAAGAAAAGGUAAAUUCAGCUCUGACAUGGUGGCAAACUCGUGUGGCUGACCGAGAACCUGCUGAGGCAACAGAAGAGUUAAUCCGAACACUAGAUAGAGCAGACUUGUACAAUCUAGCUUCUAAAAUCAGAUCCUUAAGAACUUGUACACAAGCGAUAAAAUUAUAA